AGCAGGGCAGCAGGCGCUCUCAGCUCUCUGCUCGCCUCUCACUGCUGGAAAUGGCGAUCCGGGCUGGCCAGCUCUGCUCUCCGCGUCUCCUGCUGGCGCUUUUGGCGCUGGCCGCCUGCGGACCGCAGACAGGGCUUUGCUGUCCGAGCCGCUGCUUGUGUUUCCGAACCACUGUGAGAUGUAUGCAUCUGAACCUGGAAACGGUGCCGGCUGUUUCUCCGCAGACCACCAUUCUAGACCUGAGAUUCAACAAAAUCAAGGAUUUACAGCCAGGCUCAUUCAGGCGCUUAACGAACCUCAACACACUUCUCCUUAACAACAAUAAUAUACGGCGAAUUCCCAGGGGAGCAUUUGAAGAACUAGAAAACUUAAAGUAUCUCUAUUUGUACAAGAAUGAAAUCCAAUCAAUUGACAGACAAGCAUUUAAGGGCCUUGUCUCUCUUGAACAACUAUACCUGCACUUCAACAGCAUCGAGUCGUUGGAACCAGAAUCCUUUACCCAUCUGCCAAAGUUGGAACGACUGUUUCUGCACAACAACAAAAUAGCGCAUCUUGUCCCAGGAACCUUCACUCAUCUUGAAUCCAUGAAACGACUGCGACUGGAUUCCAACUCUUUGAACUGUGACUGUGAGCUGCUGUGGCUGGCCGACCUGCUAAAGCAGUAUGCAGAGUCUGGAAACGCCCAGGCUGCCGCCACCUGCGACCAUCCCAGCCGACUGCAGGGCCGAUCGGUGGCCACGCUCACUGCUGAGGAGCUCAACUGCGAGGUUCCAAGGAUCACCUCAGAGCCGCGGGAUGUCGACGUUACAUCAGGAAACACUGUUUACUUCACCUGUAGGGCUGAGGGCAAUCCCAAACCACAGAUUAUCUGGCUAAGAAACAACAAUGCUUUAAAUAUGCGGGAUGACAAUCGUCUGAACCUGCUGGAAGAUGGGACACUCAUGAUUCAAGACACCAGAGAGACCGAUCAGGGAGUUUACCAAUGCAUGGCCAAAAAUGUAGCCGGGGAAGUUAAGACUUCAGAGGUCACUCUUCGAUACUUUGGAGCCCCCGCACGACCAAGCUUUGUUAUUCAGCCCCAGAAUACAGAAGUUCUCAUGGGCGAGAGUGUGACCCUGGAGUGCAGUGCCACUGGUCAGCCACAGCCAAGAGUCACAUGGACGAAGGGUGAUCGGACACCGUUGCCUAGCGAUGAUCGCAUUAAUAUCACUCCGUCCGGAGGGCUUUACAUCCAGAAUGUUGUCAGGGAGGAUGGAGGACUUUAUACAUGCUUUGCCUCUAAUAACGUGGAUACCAUACAUGCCACAGCACGCAUCAUUGUGCAAGCAACCCCCCAGUUCACCGUCGCACCACAGGACCAGUCAGUCCUUGAAGGUCACACUGUGGAUAUUCCCUGUGAGGCCAGUGGUUACCCGGAGCCAGUUAUUGUCUGGACUCGGGGUGGAACUCCAGUGCCUUCGGAUCGACGUCACACAGUCCUGCCCAUCGGUACCCUCCGGAUCACUCGGGUGACGGUCCUUGACGAGGGCCAGUAUGAGUGUGAGGCAGUGAGCCAAGUGGGGACAGUGAGCACCAGUAUGCAGCUCAGCAUAAAGCAGUUAGCAGCACCACAGUUUACCGUAACUCCACAGGACCAGUCGGUCUUGGAGGGACAUACCGUGGAUUUCCCCUGUGAGGCGAGCGGCUACCCAGCACCUCUUAUUAUUUGGACUCGGGGUGGAAGUCCUCUGACCUCGGAUCGCCGCCAAGUCAUCCUGGCGUCCGGUACGCUCCGCAUCACUCGGGUGGCCGCACACGACGAGGGCCAGUAUGAGUGUGAAGCAGUGAGCUCUGUGGGGACGGUGCGCACCACUGUACAGCUCAGCAUCGAGCAGAGAGUAACGCCUGUUUUCACAAAUGCUCCAAGGGACCUGACAGUGGAGGCUGGUCAGGAUGUGCAGAUUCCCUGCAGUGCUCGAGGCCAGCCGCAGCCGGUCCUCACCUGGAACAAGGAUGGCGUACAGAUAACAGAGAGCGGAAAGUUCCACAUCAGUCCAGAAGGUUACCUUGAGGUGAAGGAUGUUGGGACUGCAGAUGCCGGACGCUAUGAAUGCGUCGCCCGUAACCCCAUCGGCUAUCAAGCUGCUAGAAUGGUGCUUUCAGUCACAGUGCCUGCAAUCAGCCGAGAGGGAGACACCUUUGUGAGCACCUCCAUAGAGCAGGCCAUCCGGAAUGUUGACAGUGCUAUUAACUCAACACGGAGACGUCUUUUUGAUGGUCAGCCUCGUAAUCCAGGAGAGUUGCUUGCUCUUUUUCGAUAUCCACGUGAUCCCUACACAGUGGAGCAGGCACGUGCCGGGGAGAUCUUCGAGCAGACUCUCCUGCUCAUUCAAAACCAUGUCAACCAGGGUCUCAUGGUCGACACCAAUGGCACCGCAUUUCGCUACAACGAUCUGGUUUCUCCCCGCUUUCUGGACAUGAUUGCUAAUCUCUCGGGUUGCACAGCCCACCGGCGCAAGAACAACUGCUCAGACAUUUGCUUCCACCAAAAGUAUCGUAGCCAUGAUGGGACCUGCAACAACCUACAGCACCCCAUGUGGGGCGCCUCUCACACUGCGUUUGAGCGCCUCCUGAAGCCAGUCUAUGACAACGGCUUUAACGUGCCAAGAGGCACCACCGAUAGGGUCCACAAUGGAUACAGAUUGCCUCUUCCAAGGCUUGUGUCGACCACAAUGAUUGGAACGGAGACCAUAACUCCUGAUGACCGCUACACUCAUAUGCUAAUGCAGUGGGGUCAGUUCUUGGACCACGACUUGGACUCCACAGUGGUGGCUCUGAGUCAAGGUCGGUUUUCUGAUGGCCAACAAUGUGCUCAGGUCUGCACAAACGACCCCCCGUGCUUUCCAAUCCAGUUCCCACCCAAUGACCAGCGGCAGCUACGAAGUGGCGCUCGUUGCAUGUUCUUUGUACGUUCCAGUCCUGUGUGCGGCAGCGGGAUGACGUCUCUGCUCAUGAACAGCGUUUAUCCGAGAGAGCAGAUCAACCAGAUCACCUCCUACAUUGAUGCUUCCAACGUUUACGGUAGUUCACGACAUGAAUCAGAGCAGAUCCGUGACACUGCCAGCCACAGGGGGCUUCUUCGUCAGGGCAUCAUACAACGAACGGGGAAAGCUCUUCUUCCAUUUGCCACUGGACCGCCCACAGAGUGCAUGAGGGAUGAAAACGAGAGUCCGAUCCCUUGCUUUUUGGCUGGAGACCACCGUGCCAACGAGCAGCUUGGGUUGACGGCCAUGCACACUGUGUGGUUUAGGGAGCACAACCGCAUUGCAACAGAACUGCUAAGACUGAAUCCCCACUGGGAUGGGGACACCAUCUACCACGAGACCAGGAAGAUAGUGGGCGCUCAGAUGCAGCACAUCACCUAUAGCCAUUGGUUACCAAAGAUUCUUGGAGAAGCAGGAAUGAGGAUUUUAGGGCCAUACACCGGUUAUGACCCCAACAUCAACGCUGGAAUCUUCAAUGGGUUCGCCACUGCAGCUUUCCGCUUUGGACAUACCCUCAUCAACCCAAUACUAUACAGGCUAAAUGAGCACUUUGAGCCUAUCCCCCAGGGUCACAUCUCCCUGCAUCGGGCCUUCUUUUCCCCUUUCCGCAUCGUAAAUGAGGGAGGCAUUGACCCACUCCUCCGUGGACUCUUUGGGGUUGCUGGCAAAAUGCGUGUUUCCACUCAGCUGCUGAACACUGAGCUGACCGAAAAGUUAUUCUCCAUGGCCCACACUGUAGCCCUGGAUCUGGCUGCCAUGAAUGUUCAGAGAGGAAGGGAUCACGGCAUACCGCCAUACAAUGACUACAGGACCUUUUGUAACUUCACCUCAGCUCAGACGUUUGAUGACUUGAGAAAUGAGAUCAGAAACCCAGAGGUCAGAGAGAAACUACGAAGGCUGUACGGUACGCCUCUUAACAUUGACCUGUUCCCGGCCCUGAUGGCUGAAGACCUGGUUCCUGGCAGUAGAUUGGGUCCCACCCUCAUGUGUCUGCUUGCAACACAGUUCAAACGAGUCCGGGAUGGAGACAGGUUCUGGUAUGAAAACCCGGGCGUGUUCACUCCUGCACAGCUCACUCAGCUUAAACAAGCCUCCUUAGCUCGGGUUGUGUGUGACAAUGGGGACAACAUCACCCGGGUCCAGCGGGAUGUGUUCCUAGUGGCUGACCUGCCGCAUGGCUAUGGAAGCUGUGACGAUGUUCCUCAGAUCGACCUGCGUAUGUGGCAGGACUGCUGUGAGGACUGCAGAACCAAGGGCCAGUUCAAUGCCCUGUCGUACCACUUCAGAGGACGAAGAUCAGCUGAACACAGCUACAAGAAGGAGAAACCUGCCAAUAGCAUCCAGGAGACGAGUCCACUGAAAGAUGCAAAAAACAGUCUUUCAAAUGUAACGUUGAGCAAAACAAGCAGUGAACCUUCGGUCAACGACUUCCAGGAGUUUGUCUCAGACAUGCAGAAGACUAUCUCAAGCUUACGGAAACAGAUUAAAAGACUGGAGGCUCGACUGCACAAGUCCGUCUGCACUGACAGCGAGGGGCGGGAGCGAUCAGAUGGAGAGCGCUGGCGAAAGGACUCGUGCUCGUCUUGUGAAUGCAGAGACGCCCAGGUGACCUGCUUCGUCGAGACAUGUGCCACUCCCGUUUGCAAAGACCCCAUCAAGCUAAAAGGUACCUGCUGCCCGGUGUGCUUGGAGCAGGACGAUGGUGACAAAAGGCAAAGAGCAGAAACUCGCCACAUGUAACUUUUCAGGACCCUUCAUCAACCUUCCAACCUGACAAUCUAGUGUCUGAAAACCACAGAUAAUCAGAACAAUCAAGAGAGAAGAUGGGACUGAUUCAUAGCCACAUAUGACCUCGACAAACCCAGCAGCCUCUUUGGCUUUUUUUUUGUUUGUUUUUUUUUUAAUCAGGGGAGCAUUUUCUUUGCUGUUGUUCUUGUGGCUAUUUAAUUUUUUCCAGUUUGUCCAGGGCCAAGAGCCCAGGGCUCAGUUUGAGCCCGUAAGCAAUAAGUCAUCAGGCACUCCAUGGAUUUACUUAUGUAGCAGUAAACAGAUGAUUGGUUUUUCAUAAACAGGAUGGACAAAAACUGUCCUAGCGCACUGAGGUGCUGUUUGCUCUCGAUGAGAAAAUAAAGUAACCGGUCGCCUUUGAAAGGCAGGAAAGGGAAGUGGGUGGAAAGGCGGCAGAUGUCUCACAAAUUUUUCUCAGGUUAGAGAUGCCGAAAACUGGUGCUAUUUCCCUGUUUCUACUCCGAGUUUCUCUCUAAAUACAAACCUUAAAGUAUUAUCUUUUGUAUGCAAAGCCACAUAUAUUCACUUGAUAUGUCUUGAGUGGAUUUUUUUAUUCAGUGACAUUUAAAUAAUAGUUACCUUUUUAUUCCCUGGUGCUUAACUUUUUGUACUUUUACCCGUUUUCUAUGUACAUGCUUACAUGUGAAGAUAAUGUGAAGCCCUGCAAAAAAUGUUUGUAAUGUAAAAGAAACAUGUCUACUGAUACCUGCUUUUUUACAUAUGGGAUAACACAGUUUGUCUCUGCAAGGCGCUCCUGGCCCUCAAGUAAGGUGGAGCUGGGAGAUGCUCCUCUGUGCAGGAAACUGAUGCAACUCCAGCAGCACUGUCCUCUUUAACUGCACAGGUCCAUCUUAGUAAAUUAGACUGAAUUUAUUUCAUAGGUGGAAAAAAUUGUUGUUGAAUUUGGUGAAUAUGGCCUACACCUAAUUAAAAACAAAUCUGCUUUUUGGAACAUUUUAAUCCUAGAUAUGACAAAUAAAACAGGUUUUUAUAUACAGA